GUCCUCCCGUCCGUUUGUUUCCCUGGCGCCGGAGAGGCCCAAGAUGGCGGCGGUGGCGGCGGAGCUGGAGCGCGUCCGCGUCUCGGCGGCGGAACUGAGGCGAGGGAUGUUCGCCGAGGCCGAGACCGCGGCGCCGGGGAGGCACGGAGCAGAGACGACGAAGGAGCCCCGUCACCGGAAAGACAACCGGCGCCCGGACCUUGAGAUCUACAAGCCGGGCCUUUCCCGGUUGCGGAACAAGCCCCCAGCCGCCAAACCGGAGGAGCCCAAGGAAGCCGUGGUUCUUGGCAAGAGCUCCCCAUCUCCUUCCAGCAGAGAGGAGCCUCAGAGUGGGAACACCCAGCAGCCGAAUGGCAUCCUAGAAGGGAGCGCGGAAGAAUGGUGCCCUCGGAUCAUCCGGAGGAAUAAAAAGCCCGACCAACAGAUCUACCAACCUGGGAAGCGCCUUCAGGCCUCUUCCAAGGAGCCUGCGGUUGAGGAGGAGAAGGGCAAGGAGCCCGAGAAGGAGGCGGAGAGAGAGAAGGGCAACGAAGGGAGAAGCCGGACCGCGGAUUCAGAGGAGAAAGUGGGGCUAAAAGAGGGGAAUCGGCCCCUGCCUCGAGGGGAGAAGGGCAAGCGAACGGAGCGGCCCAAAGAAGGCAAUGGCAAAAUGGGCACCCCAAAGCGCUACUCGCGUUCGGACAAGCGCCGCAACCGAUACCGCACCUGCAGCACCAGUUCGGCCGGCAGCAAUAAUAGUGUGGACGGCGCUGAAGUCAGGAAGAAGAGGCCGGAGCCCGCGAAGGAGAGGCCUCGCUCCCAUCAACAGUUUCCACAGCAGUCGGCUUCCUCCACGGAUUCAUUCGACGAUGACCGGAUCGAAGAGAAUAAGGAGAGACACUCGGAUCACGGCUGGGUUUCGAAAGGGCCGCAUCCCAAUAGGGCUGGCCCCGGAGACCCCGUGGAGUCUGAAGCGAAGCCCCACGGAAGGGGCCGUGGGAUUCUGGUUCUCCCGGCCAACACGGACCUCACUUUGGGAGAGUCGGCCCAUCCGGCGGGGCCUCGGCUCCUCUUUGGGAACGGGGUCGGCAAAGGAUCGCGGGGAAGGGGCCGAGGGGGUGCCGGCCGGCGGCUCUGGGACCCCAAUAACCCGGAACAGAAGCCGGCACUCAAGACCCAAGCGGCUCCGUUGCACUUCCUGGACACGGAUGAUGAAACGACUCCCUCUCCCAGGCCGUCUAACGCUCAGGCUUCCUACUACCGCUUCCAGAACUCGGACAAUCCCUACUCCUAUGGCCGUCCAGCUUACCCGUUCACCGGCUACAACGUGUUCUACCCCAGCAACGGGGUCUACCCAGGGCCCUACUACCACCAAACUGGCGGCAACCCAAACCACGAAGCUUACUUGUGCGGCAGUCCGUUACUGGCUGCCCCGCUCAGCCCUGAGAUGGAGCAGCAGGUCCGCAGCCUCCAGCAGCAGGAGCUGAGCAAGGUCCUCCGCGAAGCCGGGAACCUGGAGCAGCAGCUGAGCAACCUCCUCUCCAGGGACCGGCUCAGCCUUGAAGGCCUGGAGAAGAUGGGGCAGCUCCGGGCCGAAAUGCUGCAGCUGUACGAACGCUGCCUCCUGGCGGACAUUGAGUUUGCCGAUGCCCAGAACGUGGACCAGCUCCUCUGGAAGAACGCCUUCUAUCAGGUCAUUGAGAAGUUCCGUCAGUUGCUCAAGGACCCCCUUGCGGAGAGCGGUCAAGAGAUCCGCAACAAGUUGCUCCAGAUCCUGGAUGAGGGCACCCUCUUCUUCGACAGCCUUUUGCAGAAGCUACAGGUCACUUACCAGUUCAAGCUAGAGGACUACAUGGACGGGAUGGCGGUCCGCAGCAAGCCCCUGCGGAAGACGGUGAAGUAUGCCCUCAUCAGCGCCCAGCGGAGCCUGAUCUGCCAGGGAGACAUCUGCCGGUACAGGGAGCAAGGCAGCGAGACCGCCAACUAUGGCAAAGCGCGCAGUUGGUACCUGAAGGCCCAGCACAUUGCCCCCAAGAACGGACGCCCCUACAACCAGCUGGCCCUCCUGGCGGUCUAUACGCGAAGGAAGCUGGACGCGGUGUAUUAUUACAUGCGCAGCCUGGCCGCCAGCAACCCCAUCCUGACCGCCAAGGAGAGCCUCAUGAGCCUCUUUGAGGAGACCAAGCGGAAGGCCGAGCAGCUGGAGCCGAAGAAGAGCCCCGUCCAGCAGCAUCCGCAGCGGGGUCCCCACCGCAAGGGCAAGAGGGCCGGCUCCUUGGGCCCCUCGGCCGAGGACAGCACCCGCCUGGAGCGCUGGAUCCACCCCUCGCGCCAGAGGCAGAGCCAUGACGCCGGGCGCGCCGACUCUUCGGAGCAGGACAGUAACAACAGCCUCCUCGGGAGCCUCAGCCCCAGCGAUCUGAACAAAAGGUUCGUCCUGAGUUUUCUGCAUGCCCAUGGGAAGCUGUUUACCAGGAUUGGGAUGGAGUCCUUCCCGUCGGUGGCGUCGGAGGUGCUGCGCCAGUUCCAGGCCCUUCUUGGGCACAGCCCCCCACCCCUGGGCAGCCCCCGCCUGCUCCAGCUCAUGGCCAUCAACAUGUUUGCCGUCCACAACGCCCAGCCCAAAGAGUGCCUUUCGGAGGACUGCCGCUCGGUCAUCCAGGAGCAGGCCACGGCCUUGGGGCUCUCCAUGUUUGCCUUGCUGGUCAAGCGCUGCUCGGCCCUCCUGCGGGAUGCCUCCCCAGGGAGUCCGUCUCCGGGGGGCUCCUCCGAGGACAACGAUGACGACAUCAAGGUCUCCUCUCUGCCUCCAGACCUCAAGGAGCUGCUGCCCAGCGUCAAGGUCUGGUCGGACUGGAUGCUCGGACACUCGGACACCUGGAACCCGCCCCCCAGCGCCCUGGAGCUGCCCCCAGAGGUUUCGGUGGACGUCUGGGCCACGCUGGCGGACUUUUGCAACCUCCUGACGGCGGUCAACCAGUCGGAAGUGUCCCUCUACAAAGACCCCGACGAAGACCUCUCCCUCCUGAGCCUGGAGGAGGACCGCCUCCUUUCGGGCUUCGUCCCGCUCUUGGUGGCCCCGCAGGAGCCCUGCUACGUGGAGAAGGCCGCGGACAAGGGCAUUGCCUCGGACUGCAAGCGGGUGACGGUGCUGAAGUACUUCCUGGAGGCCCUGUGUGGUCAAGAGGAGCCCCUCCUGGCCUUCAAGGGCGGGAAGUACGUCUCGGUGGCCCCCGGACCGGACCCGGACCCCACGGAAGGAGCCCCCCGAGGAGGAGACAUUGCCGGGCGGAAAGGGACCUCCGCCAGUGGCCCUUUGGACGACCAGGAGGACGACCUCCGGAUCGAGGCCUUUGAGGGCGACUCAGAGGAGGAGGAAGAGGAGGCCGAAGAAGGCAGCGGCGGAGAGGCAGCGGGCGACAUCCGAGAGCUGAGAGCCAAGAAGCAGGCCUUGACCCGGAAGGUGGCCGAGCAGCAGCGGCGCCAGGACAAGAUCCAGGCGGUGCUGAAGGACCAGGCCAAAGUGCGGCAGAUGGAGCUGGAGAUCCGGCCGGUCUUCCUGGUGCCGGACACCAACGGCUUCAUUGACCACUUGGGCAGCCUCCUCCAGUUGCUGGAAUGCCGCCAGUUCAUCCUGGUGGUGCCCCUCAUUGUGAUCAAUGAGCUGGACGGCUUGGCCAAGGGCCCCUCGGAAGGGGAGCCGCGGGCAGGGGGCUACGGCCGGCUGCUCCAAGACCGGGCCCGCAAGGCGGUGGACUUCCUGGAGGCCCGCUUUGAGCGCAGGGACAGCUACCUCCGGGCACUGACCAGCCGCGGCAACGAGCUUGAGUCCAUUGCCUUCCGCUCCGAAGACCUCUCCCAGCAGCAGCAGGGCAACAACGAUGACCUGAUCCUCUCCUGCUGCCUCCAUUACUGCAAGGACAAGGCCAAGGACUUCAUGCCUGUCAACAAAGACGACCCCAUCCGCCUCCUGCGCGAAGUGGUCCUGCUGACCGACGACCGCAACCUCCGCGUCAAGGCCUUGACCCGCAACGUCCCCGUCCGGGACAUCCCCACCUUCCUGCGGUGGGCCCAAGAGGGCUGAGCAAGGGCAGCCGAGACCCCCUUUCUUGGGCAGCUUCGAGACCCCCGCAGAGGCCGGGGAGGAAGCUCUGCCUGCGCAGCUCCUUGCCGCCAACCAAAGGGGCCGAGCGCCAACAACGCCAACCCGGCCGCUGCGCCCCGAGGUCCGUCCCACAAACAAUAAAGCCCACCAAAAUGGCCGUUGCUGUGGGUGCGAG